AUGUCGUUACGUACCACUACAGGCCAGCUCACCCGCCGACUGGCGACGAAGCGCCCGACAGCGACCUCCCCUGUCAAGAAUGGCCUAUCGAUUCCCCCGAGUGCCUCGAUGGCAACGGCCGUCCCUCCUGUGACGCAGGAUGCCACCGGUUCUAAAGGACCAACAGCAAUGGUCUUUAUGAACAUGGGCGGUCCUUCGCACACCUCCGAAGUGGGCGACUUCCUCUCUCGUCUCUUCGCUGACCGAGACCUCAUUCCCCUUGGCCCCUUACAACCCUACCUUGGGCCUCUCAUCUCUCGCCGGCGCACCCCGAAGAUCCAACAACAGUACGCAGCUAUAGGCGGGGGUUCACCCAUAAGAAAAUGGUCCGAGCACCAAUGUGCCGAAAUGUGUAAGAUAUUAGACGAGUUGUCGCCAGAAACAGCACCACAUAAGCCAUACGUGGCGUUCCGCUAUGCGAACCCCUUGACGGAGCAAAUGUAUGAACAACUUUUGAAUGAUGGAUUUGGUGGUGGAAAAGGUGGUCGAGCGGUGGCAUUCACACAGUAUCCUCAAUACAGCUGCUCCACCACGGGAAGCUCAUUGAACGAGCUUUGGAAAUGGCGCAACCGACUUGAGGGCAAGCGAGCAACGGGGGAGGUUAAUCCAGAAGGUGCAAUAACAUGGAGCGUCAUCGACCGCUGGCCCACGCACCCAGGGUUAGUCGAGGCAUUUGCGCAGAACAUCGAGGCCAAAUUGGCCGAAUACCCCGAAGAACGCCGGAAAGACGUGGUGAUAUUGUUUUCCGCCCACAGCCUCCCCAUGAGCGUGGUCAACAGAGGCGACCCCUACCCGGCCGAGGUUGCUGCAACAGUGCACGCGGUCAUGAACCGACUCGGCCACUCGCACCCGUACAGGCUCUGCUGGCAGUCCCAAGUCGGGCCUUCGGCCUGGUUGGGCGCCCAGACAAGCGACACCGUCAAGGAAUACAUGAAGCGAGGCCAAACAGACAUCGUCCUGGUGCCCAUUGCCUUUACGAGCGACCACAUCGAAACGCUGUACGAGAUCGACAAGGAAGUCAUGCACGAGGACGCCAAGGGCCACCCGGGCGUCAAGCGCGCAGAGAGCCUCAACGGCAACCCGGUCUUCAUCCAGGCCCUGGCCGACAUCGCGCACAAACACUUGUUGAGUGGCGAGAGCUGUUCCAGGCAGAUGGGGCUGAGGUGUCAAGGCUGCACGAGCGAGCGAUGUCUGGAGCAGAAAAAGUUCUUUGCUGGUCAACACGCGAGGAUUUUGCCCACUGUACGAUAA